UCAACUUCCGGCCUAACCCAUGGCCACUAGACCACCCCAUAGGUCCCCAGCAUCUCUCCCCUGACUGAUCUGUCUCCAGCUGGUUCUCAAAAAAACCACGCCCUACACACCCCCUGCUUUCUAUCAAUAGCUUUCUGCAAUGUCACUUGGAAGAUUUCAGUCCUCCUCGCUAAUUCCCUUCAAUGCUUCCUUCUGCCCUCGGGAUAAAAAUCACUAAGCCAUAGGGGGCUUCUGGACUGGGGUCGACUUCUUCUCCUCCCCUGGCCCUGACCUCAUCUCUUGCUACUUCCUACCUUCCACCCUCUGGUUCCUAUUGAUGAUCUCGCAGUCAGGCUCACGUCUCAUCCACCUGCAGCUAAUCCUCCUGAAACACGCUCGCCUGCAGUCGCCCAACUUUCGUGGAUGUCAAGACUCAGCUCAAGUGCCACCUCCUCCAGGAAGCCUUCUCAGAAGCCCACACCCUUCCAGCCUGGUACCUCGAUCCAGCUGACCGGUGGCAGCCCUUCAUUUUGGAACUUGGAGCUUGGAACCCCAUGUCUGACCUUCCCAUCAUGACCGGGACCAGGACAGCCCUCCUCCUGUUAAUGGCCUCAGCUGCUUCUCUCUGCUUCAACUUGGACACGGAGCAGCCAACUACCUUCCAAGUGGACAGUGCCGGGUUUGGACACAGCGUGGUCCAGUAUGCCAACACCGGGCUGGUGGUUGGAGCCCCCCGAGAGAUACAGGCCGCCAACCAAACAGGUGGCCUGUACCAGUGUGACUACCGCACAAGCAGGUGUCAGCCCAUCCAUCUCCAAGUCCCCCCGGAAGCUGUGAACAUGUCCCUGGGCCUGUCCCUGGCAGCUUCCACCAACCCUUCCCAGCUGUUGGCCUGCGGCCCCACUGUGCACCAUGCAUGCAGGGAGAACGUGCAUUUGACUGGACUCUGCUUCCUGCUCACUUCUUCCUUCAGGUGGACCCAGAGGUUCCCAGCAGCCCUGCAGGAGUGCCCAAAGCAGGAGCAGGACAUCGCGUUCCUGAUCGACGGCUCGGGCAGCAUCUCCCCCAGCGAUUUUGCCACCAUGAUAAGCUUCGUGAGGGCCGUGAUGAGUCAGUUCCAGAGGCCCAGCACACAGUUCUCCCUGAUGCAGUUCUCCCACAAAUUCUGGAUACACUUCACUUUCAACGAGUUCGUCCGCAGCCCCUACCCGCUAAGCCUGUUAAAUUCUGUGCGGCAGCUGAGGGGGUUCACUCACACAGCCACGGCCAUCCGCAUGGUCAUAAACGAACUGUUCAGUGCCAGAAGUGGGGCCCGCAAGGAUGCCACCAAGAUCCUCAUUGUCAUUACCGAUGGGCAGAAAGAAGGCGACCACCUGGAUUAUAAGGACGUCAUCCCCAUGGCGGAGGCAGCCGGAGUUAUCCGCUAUGCCAUCGGGGUUGGGUUGGCUUUUCAAAAGUCACAUUCCUGGAAAGAAUUGAACGACAUUGCAUCGAAGCCCUCCCAAGAAUAUAUAUUUAGAGUGAACAACUUUGAUGCUUUGAAAGAUAUUCAAAACCAACUGAAGGAGAAGAUUUUUGCCAUUGAGGGUACGGAGACCAAGAGCGGUAGUUCCUUUGAGUGGGAGAUGGCCCAGGAGGGCUUCAGCGCCGUGUUCACCCCUGAUGGACCAGUUCUGGGGGCUGUGGGGAGCUUCAGCUGGUCCGGAGGGGCCUUUCUGUACCAACCAAACAAGAACCCCACCUUCCUGAACAUGUCUGAGGAGCGCGUGGACAUGAGGGACUCUUACCUGGGUUACUCCACGGAGCUGGCCCUUUGGAAGGGGGAGCAGAACCUGGUCCUGGGCGCCCCCCGCUACCAGCACACGGGGAAGGUUGUCAUCUUCACCCCUGGGCCCAAGCAGUGGAGGCUGAAGGCCGAAGUCACAGGAACCCAGACUGGCUCCUACUUCGGGGCCUCCCUCUGCUCCAUGGACGUGAACAGAGACGGCAACACGGACCUGGUCCUCAUCGGGGCCCCCCACUUCUAUGAGCAGACCCAAGGGGGCCGGGUGUCCGUGUGCCCUCUGCCCAAGGUGCAGGGAAGGUGGCAGUGUGUGGGCGUUCUCCGUGGAGAGCCGGGCCACCCCUGGGGCCGCUUUGGGGCAGCUCUGACAGUGCUGGGGGACGUGAAUGGGGACAAGCUGGCUGACAUGGUAAUGGGUGCAAGGAUCCCGAUAGAGAAGGAGAAAGCCCCUCUCCCCAAGGCUUUCCAGUCACCUCCCCGUGACUCACUUUUCCCUCUCUGCCAGCGGGUCGCAGGCUCCCAGCUCUCCCCCAGGCUCCAGUAUUUCGGGCAGUCGCUGAGCGGGGGUCAGGACCUCACCGAGGAUGGCCUGGUGGACCUGGCCGUGGGGGCCCAGGGGCACGCGCUGCUGCUCAGGACCAGACCUGUCCUCCAGGUGUGGAUGAGCAUCCGCUUCACACCCCCGGAGAUCCCCAGGUCUGUGUAUGAGUGUCAGGAGCAAGUGGCCCCUGUCCGGACACUGGGCGACGCCACUGUCUGCCUUCAUAUUUACAAAAGUUCCAAGAACCGACUGAGUGACCUCCAGAGCUCUGUGACUUUUGAUCUGGCCCUCGACCCUGGCCGCCCGAGUUCCCGUGCCGUCUUUAAGGAGACAAACACCCGGACUCUGAGUCGAGCCCGAGACCUGGGGCUGACCCAAUACUGCGAGGCUGUGCCACUGCUCCUCCCGGCCUGCGUGGAGGACUCCAUGACCCCCAUCAUCAUGCGUCUCAACUUCUCCCUAGAGGGCAAGCAGAUCCCCUCCUUUGGGAAGCUCCGGCCUAUGCUGGACGUGAAUUCGCAGAGAUAUCUCACGGCCUCUCUCCCCUUCGAGAAGAACUGCGGGGACGACCGCGUCUGCCAGGACGACCUUAGCAUCUCCUUUGACUUCUCAGGCUUGAACACCCUGUUGGUGGGGAGUAACCUGGAGCUGAACGUGGCCGUGGCCCUGCGGAAUGAUGGCGAAGACUCCUACCGAACCACGGUCACCUUCUCCUACCCAGCAGGGCUGUCCUACCGACGCGUGACAGAGGGUCAGAACCAGCUGCAGCUGCACUCCCCACGCCUGACGUGUGACAGCGUGCCAGCUGGGAGCCAGGACACCUGGACCACCAGCUGUAGCAGCAACCACCUCAUCUUCCGUGGGGGCGCCCAGAUCACCUUCUUGGCUACCUUUGAUGUCUCCCCCAGGGCUGUGCUGGGAGACCGGCUGCUUCUGACAGCCAAUGUGAGCAGUGACAAUAACACGCCUAGGACCAGCAAGACCACCUUCCAGCUGGAGCUCCCAGUGAAGUACACCGUCUACACUGUGAUCAGCAGCCAUGAGCAAUCCACCAAGUACCUCAACUUCUCCGCCUCAGAGAAGCAGCAGAGCAGUGUGGCCCAGCACAGAUAUCAGGUGAACAACCUGGGUCAGCGGGACCUGCCCGUCAGCAUCUACUUCUGGGUGCCCAUGGAGCUGCACCAGGAGCCAGUGUGGAUGCAGGUGGAAGUCUCCUGCCCCCAGAACCCGUCCAUGCAGUGCUCUUCAGAGAGAAUAGCUCCCCCAGAGUCCGACUUCCUGAAUCACAUUCAGAAGAAUGCUGUGCUGGACUGUUCGAUCGCUGCCUGCCUGAGGCUCCGCUGUGACAUCCCAUCCUUUGGCGUCCAGGAGGAACUCGACUUCGUCCUGAAGGGCAACCUCAGCUUUGGCUGGGUCAGCCAGACACUGCAGAAGAAGGUGUCACUGGUGAGUGUGGCUGAAAUCACGUUCGACAGAUCCGUGUACGCCCAGCUUCCUGGACAGGAGGCAUUUCUGAGAGCCCAGACGGAGACGGUGCUGGAAGAAUAUAAGGUGCACAACCCCAUCCCCCUCAUCGCGGGCAGCUCAGUGGGAGGUCUGCUGCUGCUGGCUCUCAUCACAGCCACGCUGUACAAGGUUGGCUUCUUCAAACGUCAGUACAAGGAAAUGAUGCAGGAAGAAAACCAACAGAUUGUCCCAGGAAAUGAGGCACAGAUCCCCGAGCCGCCCAGUGAGGAACAACCUCCUGGCUCUUCGGAUCUGCUCUUCCCAGCCAGGCUUCCUGACUCUCACUCUCACCGCAGUCAGGCCCAAGAGAGAAGAAACACUCCGCGUGGGGGGGCUGGGAUCAGGCCGCUUUCUCUGGGAGAACGCAGUGCGUCUGACAGUGGGUCUUGCUGCCUGGGAAGGGCCUUGUGUCUUGUCAAGGUUCCAACUGGACACCCUCAGGCUGGGGUCCCUGCCCUGCCCCCAGAGGACUAGCCUUGGAGUUUCUACCUAGAAAUACAUGGACGACAGUCCCAGGCCCCAGUCUUCCUUCCACCAGCCACCAGUGAUCUUUCCAUAACACAGCUCUAAGCAAACUGCUUAUCCUCAUCUGUCUUUGGUGGCUCCCUGUGUUCCUCCAUAUAAUGUCCAAAUGUCCCAGCUUGGUGAGAGCCCAACUCCUUCUCCGGAAGGUGGGCUUCCGAGCACACAGCACAAGGCACUGUGCCAUGCUGUUGUCCUUCUUUCUGCCAAAAUACCAUCGGCCUCAGCUCUCAGCUUUAUCUGGGAAUCUCAGUCUCCCAAUUGAACUGGAACAAGAGGUCUGUGCUCUCUGUAAAGCUGCCUCCCAGCACUGCGGCCCGUUGCAGGACAGCUCCUCAGUGCUACCGCAGCCCAACCCACUCUUGUGUCAAAAGGGGCCUUGGGGACCAGCAGUUGGUGUAAUGGCUAUGUUGCUGGACUCCCACAUAGUCAACAGUGGUUCAAGUCCCAGACCCGGUGGCUUAAACUUAUGCCAGGCGCGUGUGUGUGCGUGCCCAAGAUUA